UAAGCGGUGCAUAGGACGGGAAAUGAAAUUCUGAAACUAGGUCACAAAAGUCGUAAUUUCCCAUGUUCUGUCUGCUAGUCCAGGGUUCUGAUUGGUAUCAUGGCGAAACCUCCUGGAAAAUCAGAGGAAACUUUCAAAAACAAAAUCAAAAGCAUCCUUGGUUUCAAGCAGAGUACUGUCCAUAAUGUUUCUGUCAGGCCACAGACCAAGGAAAUCAUAUUCACUUCAGAACUUUUGAGAGAAAUACGGCCAGAAAGCCCGGCAAAUCACAGGCUGAAGACGAUAAGGGAACUUUGUGACAUUGUAGCGACGAGGAGGCUAGAAGAGAAUGCUACAGAAACGCUAUGGCAGUCGGUGUGUGAUUUACUUCAUCCACAAGUGCCAGUAGAAAGUCGCCAUGUGGCUCUGAGGUUUCUUCAGUGCUUGAUCAAGGGACAGUAUGUCAAACUUGGAACUAUUCGGGCACAUUUCUUUCGAGUAAUUCGUCAACACAAUUUAUAUGAAGAUCUUCCCCUGAGGCUGGAAGUGUUUAUCACUUUGACAGAGAAUGGAAAAGACCUCACCUACAUUGAGGAAGAGACAGGUCAGUUUCUUCUUCAUUGGAUGAGUGAUGUGAUCAACUCUGGGAAGGUGGCAGACUUUUUGGGCCUUCUUGUCAAUGUCAUCAAGUACAAUGCUGCAUAUUUGGAGCCAGAGACUGUGGCUGGGCUAGUUCAAUAUACCUGUACAGUCUCAAACAGAACUAAAGUUGAGGAAGACCUCCAGAUGUGCAUCCAAGUGUUUAAUGCUGUCGUCUGCUAUAGCUACCUGCCGUCAGAGGCAUUGCAUAACUUUAUUACUUCGUUGUGUCGACUUGUCAACUUGGAUAGGUUCUGUCAAGCAAGCUGGAAGCUGAUGAAAAAUCUCCUUGGGACCCACCUCGGGCAUAGUGGGAUAUACACAAUGUGUAGGAUACUGCAAAAUAGGGAAAAUGCCUCUGACUACAGGCUCCUUCGAGGUGCUGUCUUCUUCAUUGGUAUGGCAAUGUGGGGUUCCAAAAGGGUGUCCACACUCAAACAUCCUCAUUCAACUGUGCUUCCAUGCUUUUUACAGGCACUGCAUAACUGUACCCAUGUUACCGUUGUCUAUGAAGUGGUACUAUCCAUUCAGCGUUUGGUCAAAAAGUAUGGGACAGAUAUCCAGUUUAUACAAUGGCAGAUUAUUUUGGAUAUUAUCGAGACUCUACUUUCUCAUUUUGAGGCAUGCCCCACGGAGCAAACAGCAACAGUACAGCAGAUUUUCCACGAGAUUCUCACAACGUUAGAACAACUUUAUGAAAAUGGUGUAUUCAAUGGAGACCAUGAGCGCUUGUUCACAGUCGUAGAAAAGUGUGCCAACAGAAGACCAGAGAGUAGCGUGCUUGUCUUGAUUAGCUACAAGGCUCAGGCCAUCCACCCGGCCAAGGCUAACUGGAUUCAGAACUUGAAUCAUUUGGUGGAAAAAUACUUCAAAGAUGAGAUGCGUACGAAGAUUAGAGCCAAAGCUUUAGCUGUGCUUUCUUGUGUGUUGAGUGCCAAUAGACAUCUCUAUGAGGACGAAUUGAUCCACAUUGUCGUGCUUCCACACUUGGCUUUCAUCGACAACGAUCCGGACGUCGACAUCAGGAACAAUGCAGUCCAGCUCCUUCUCGAUCUUGCCCAAGGUUGCCAAUCGCAGCGUUGCGCAGACAUCCUGGAUAUCCUGGAGAGGGUCGUCAACCGAUCACUGUCUGACACGGUGUCGAUCCCUCACACUGGCCCCCAGGAGCAGAACCAGGACUACACUCAUAUUGCUGUGGAUGAGGACUUUUGUGAUAUCAAGACUGCAGCUUUGGGACUCGUCGACAUGUUUAAGACAAAACUCUUCCAGUUGCCUUCGACGCACGCUAGCAAAAUCUACGAGUUGUUACUCAAUAUUUUGAGGACACAUUACAGGGAGAAAUACAUGUCAAAGACCGCAUGUAGCAUCCGUGAGGCGGUAUUCAGGUGCUUGCUCGAGCUCCGGGCCGACACCAUGCACCGCCUCGGCAUUCGACGCAAGGAUGGGGAGUACUGCUACAGCUCGUACAUCUUGUGUGACUCAAGUCUGUUCAUGGCUCUGCUCACUGAACCAAUAAGAAAUGACCACGUUGAGAAAAGAAUCAGUGUGACAAGUCCUCCCCAGCAGGUCACACCGACACCUAGUCCCGUCUCCCAACUCAAGCAGGCCGUGAUUCCCUACUCGGAGGCAUUUCUAGUCAUCCUGACUUCAUUGGAGCAGGAGUUGGACUGGCCAGUGCUCAUGCUGGUGCUAGAACAGUUACCCCUGGUGCUGCGGAACAAGAGUCUGAUUCUCUCCUCCCAGUCAAGUAUACAGAGAUUAUGCACAAGGCUCUGUGAUAUGGUCAGUGAUAAAGGCAUGCUGCGGCGACUUCAGAACACUCCAACUGGUUUCAUCAUGCUCGAUUUCCACACCUACUUCUUUCCACCACUCACAGGCCUCUCCUUGUAUCACAUGGCUCUCGAUAAAAAGCAUAAGAUGCAGUUGAUCCGUUGCCUGGAGUUUGGUCUGAUAUCCCGAUGCGCGAAGGUCUCCAUCUCGGCCAUGACUGUAUGCAUGCUGGAGAUGCAGGACACGAUGAUGCGGCAGAUUCCAUCUGUAUUGCUCAAACUCUCCAAGACGUCAUCGACCGUGUCUGUUGCGAGUCCUAAAUUAGAAUUUUUGUCAAGUCUUAUUAGGUUGCCCAAGCUUUACACCAACUUUGUUGAGGAGCAAUACAUGAGUAUAUUUGCAAUAGCUUUGCCGUACACGAAUCCUUUCAAGUUUGGCCACUACACCGUGUCACUGGCACAUCACCUCAUUGCAAUGUGGUUUCUCAAGUGCCGUCUGCCCUUCAGAAAAACAUUUGUGACUUACAUCAAUAGGAAUCUUCGUGCCAAUGUCCUGAACCAGUUCGAGGAGACCGCUAAGCUGAACCUUGCCAUGAUGAACCAAGACUCCAGUGAUAGGAGGAGGCUUAGAAGUGUUGGCGAGUCAUCAUAUAAAAGAAAACCUAUGCGUCCUGUGAGUGUCGCCGGGCACAUGGCUGGACAGCGUCAAGAUUCCGAGCCUCAGUUUCCUAACGAGGAGAUGUCAACUUUCCAUAAAGAGCUUACUGAGACUUGUUUAGAUAUGAUGGCACGAUACACAUUCUCGUCUUGUUCAUCUAUGCCUAAGCGGAGCCCAGUGACAGAGUUCUUGUUGAAAGGAGGCCAAAGUCAGAGUUGGUUGGUCGGCAAUAAGGUGGUGACUGUCACCACCAGUGGGGGUGGUAGCCGUGUGGGUAAGGGAGGCCUGUGCGAGAAGUGCGUCUCGCUUUAUAAAGGAUCAUCUCAAGACGAGAAGGAGAGUAAAGAGAAGGAGAGGGAGGAUGCUCAUAAAGUGGGUGUCAGCUGUGAAGAUAGCCAGAAGCAAUGUCUAGCAUCCAAGAGAAGGAGGCACAAGUCAGCAGCAGUGAAGAGUGUGACGGUCUCAGAUAUCGGACUUCAAAAACAAACCAGCAAAGACGACAUUCAACUUUGCCGUGGGUUGCCAGAUGAAGCUGAGGCCGUUUCUGCCACGAGUUCACCUUCCAGUGUCAAAAGUAGGAGUCCGUACCAGUCAACAGUCGCACUGAGUGUUGACAAGGAGGAAGAUGUCAAUGAUAUGCUUUUGGGUUGGAAAAAGAAAGAGAGUGAACGCAUCAACACUCACCACUGCAACUGCUGGUGCCAGGGAUGGGCUGAGGUGUACAUCCGGCGCCCGACGGGUAACAUCUCCUGGAUGAUGAGGAUUCAGAAUGAUCAGUUCAUACCGAUGAUGAUGCAGGAUUUUCCACUCGAUGAUAUCUCGACGCUGUUCCGUGGUGGGAACUCCGAUGAGUUUGUUGAUGGGCACAAGAGGAUAGACAGCGAGAGUUUAGGGGAGAAUGAAUAUGAGUCGUUGUUUGAUGAGCACUUCCAAGUCAUUGAGACCAAGAGUCAAAGGGCACUCAGACGUCAGUUCACUGCAAAAUCGCUAGCUUUUAAGAGGUCUGUUUUGAAAAAAGAUGAUCCUUUUGAUCCUGGCCAGCUGGAUAUGGACCUGCAUGACGAUGUCUACACGUAUGGUCCGAAGUCUUCUUUCUGUAUGGACGCGUUGUCCACCACUGUGGAAUCUGAAGAUCACCAGCGAUCACAGAGGGAAGAUGUGCAGCAGGACAUGAAGGCAAGUUCUGUAGGAAAAAGAGGUAGCUUCCCAUCAUUGCGUAAGACUCACUCCUCACCAGAUAUCGGAAACGACUAUGCACAGUUCAUGAAGGAUGAACUCAAAGCUGACGAAUUGUCACUAUCGGGUGACCAUGGUAACAGGGGGAAAGCUGAUGAUGCUGACGGUCCAAAAACGGAAGUGGCCAAAUCGGAGGGGGCAGUCGUCGCACAAACCUUGGAAGCGUUUGAGAAAUCUGAAGAGAAGUUGUUCGAAAGAAAGAAAUCUCGUCAUAAGUCUGAAGGAAGUCGACUCGGGUCUCGACCACUUGGUCCAGAAGACGAGAAUGACGAGGAUAUUGCUGUGUUGCAUCCGAAUGAGGAGCGUAGAGUCCGACAUAGUCCAUUUGUCGACGUGGAAACCAAACAGGAAGUCACAGCAGAGGAAGUGCCAGAGAAGAAGGAUUCUGAUUCUGGCACGGAGCUGAGUGAUGUGCAUACUCGAGAGCUCGCCGAUGAGGUGACUGAUCUUCAAUCAGUCGUCAUGCGGAGGAAUAAACCCCGUGGACAUACAAUCGCAGUCGUGCCCUCCGCCAUGGAGAGGACGCGGUCCGACUCGGAAGAGAAUAAACGCAUGUCUAUGCACAUGAAGGAGAUGUAUCGAACGGGCCUGACUCCAAGUUUCGUCUUCCUGAUGUUGUAUCAUAGCCCGGGAUGUGGCUUGGGAGAGGAGCGCCCUCUGGUCCUGCCUCAAACUCCUUCGUGUUGGGAUGGGGAAGAUCAUGACUUCAUGCGACCUCUCCUUUUGCCGGGGUCGCCGGUGAUUGAUCGUGCUGUGAAAGUCCUUGACCAUAUUCCUCCAUAUGAAACUCACAAGAUCGGGGUCCUUUAUGUUGGUACAGGCCAGGCCAGUGAUGAGACAGCCAUUCUAUCGAAUGCGUAUGGUUCGUCGCGAUACGCUGAGUUUUUGAACGGUCUUGGAGAGCUGUUGAGAUUGAAGGAUUGUAGUGUCGAACAGACGUAUGUAGGUGGACUCGAUCUUGACGGUGAUGAUGGCAAGUUCACGUAUUGUUGGCAAGAUGAUGUCAUGCAAGUGAUCUUCCAUGUGGCUACCCUCAUGCCUGCCAAGGAGUCAGACCCCAACUGCAAUGCAAAGAAACUCCAUAUCGGUAAUGAUUAUGUGACCAUUGUAUACAACAACAGCAAUGAGGAUUACAAAAUUGGCACAAUUAAGGGUCAAUUCAACUAUGUGAACAUCAUUAUCACACCUCUGGACUACGGUAGUAAUGCAGUGUCGGUCUCAGCCAGGGAGGACAUCCUCGAGCUCAUCGGCCAGUCAGAGACAAAGAUCAUUUCUGAUGCAAGGCUCCCUAUCCUUACCAGGCAAAUGGCUCUGCAUUCAAAUCUUGCGUCCAUGAUUCUCCAGCGUCAGAAGACGGAGCAGAAGGACCCAUAUGCAUCCAACUGGCUAGAAAGACUCCGCCAGAUAAAACGGAUCCGUCAAAAAGUUCAGGAGGAAACUAGUCAUUUGAGAGACGAGGAUUCUAAUCAGAAAAGUCACCAUAACUACCCAGAGGAUUUCACGGACUUUGUUUGAAUGAGACUUUGUACCCAAAAAGGCCACUUCGGUUGGUGAAUUUUGUGACAUAGUGGCAUGUUGAAAUGCUAGUAUAAACUUCUUUUAACAUGUGGCCACAGUGAUAUAUUCAUAUACUGGGCAAAACUGGCAGCACACAUUUGUGGAGAGGUGUAUACCUUUACAUUUUCUUCCAGUCAGCAGUGUAACAAACAAUUUCACGAAGACUAGGCCUUGAAAAUUCAGACUGUGAUUCACGGGAUUGUGAGGACUGUAAAGGUGCUUUCACAGAGAUAUUUUGUGUUAUGAAUUAAGUAACCUUUAUCACACUGGUUCGUCAUGGAGGUAGACAGUCAGACAGAGCCCAAAGCCGCUUGGAAGGGGUUAAGGGUGCUAUCUGUCACUGUUUGUGUCCUUUAUGCCCAUGCAGAGAAGCUGGACAAGAACCUUGAAGGAGGUAAUUAUUUCUUAUCAUGAAAUGAAAUUUGUAUGUGUAAAUGUAAAGGAGAUGUUGCAUAAAAUGCAAUUUGUAUUCAUCAGUUCACACUAUUGUCAACCUAGGGAUUAUUGUAUAAAUCUAUUCAUUGUUUGAACAUUUCACGAUUAAAAAUCAUAAGUGUGUAA